AUGGAAUUAAUAAAAUUUAAGCAACUUGGUCCUGAAUUUAGUGAAAAAUAUCAUUCAAAGGCAAUUUAUACAAGUAGACCAUUAAGUUCUAUUAUUUCUAAGAUUACAACUAUAGAUUCAUCUUUAAUGCUUUCAUUUAAUGUAUUUAAAGAUUAUAUCACAAAAGAAUAUGCAUUUGAUAUAAAUGAUAUUCAAAGAUCAUACACGCAAAAUACAAAUUCCGUUGACAACAUAACAACUGCUGUACCUGUAAAUUUUUCAAGGAAACGUAAUUUUGAAGAAUUAAAGGUUGAAAUUCAAAAAAAUAGAAAAUAUAUUAAAAAUGAUAAUUCAGAUGAGAAUAAUGUUGAAUAUAAUUGAGUAUUUUGUACUUAUCCCGCAAAAAAAUUAUCCGUCUUAUGUGUACAAAAUUGACUAUUGUUACGAAAAAUUGAUGAAAUCAGGUGAUAGUCAGGUGAUGGAUGGCCAGACGGAAGAUUAAUUUUAU